GACCACCAUACCGCGGGCACACUUUAGAAGCGAUGAUCGAAGCAACUUGUAGAUUUUCCUGGAUGUGUAUUCGAAACUCCCUUUAAAAUGUCAAAGCUUUUGUUGAUUCUACUUUGUUUUACAGUCAUAAAUCUGUCAAAUACCACAAAGACUAACAUUCGCGGAGAAAACGAGGAAUCUGGGCGGAAAAGCAGCAAAAACGAGGAAUUUUACGUCGGAGGUAUUCCUUAUCUGGCGGACGCUAUAUCAAGUCUUGUUUGGUUUAUUCGCGGCCUUUUAGGGUUCUUCUACUUUAUUAUGAACACUGUUUUAUUGACGGUAACACAGCUAGCUGCUAGAGCACUUCGUAUUCUGCAAAAUGUCGUCAGAUUCGUAGAAUUUAUCGGGUAUUGCGUACGGGUUGUAAUGCAGGCAAACUACAACUUUGUCAUGUCAACAUUCAAAUCGACUAAACAGUAUGCUCAGAACUGUUCAGAGUUCAUUAGACACCUAUUCGAGUCCACGAUUGAUACCUUCAUUUCCAUGUUGCGGACAGCCUGCGGGCUGCUACAUUCUGUUGUUGUUGGGAUCCCGCGAUUAUUUGAGUUUGCUGGUUCUGUUUGCAAGACAUCGCUACAAAGUGCAGGUUCGGUUGCGGAAAAGUCGUAUGUGAAAUGCAAGCAUGUUGCGACGACAGUUGCCUCAGUGCCAGGGUCUGCAGCCUGGGAGAUUAUAAACGCUAUUAAUGCUGUCAUUCAACUCAUUAUUUCCACUAUCAUCAACACAUUCCUCAUCUUGUAUGAUCUUUCCAGAGCUGUGUUUAGUUUUAUCCGUAAGACAGUUGUGACUAUUAUCAAGACUUUCUGGUCUUAUCUGCUGAGAUUUCUAGUACAAUCAGGGGAAGUCCUGGAAAUAGUUGGAUAUGGUAUGAGUAAAACAGCUACGGUGAUCACAAAUAGUGCAUAUCAUGGCUUCGACAGAAUCUACAAUACUGUGGCAUAUGUGAUUGGGACAAUUUAUUAUGGUGUUAUAACCACUAUUGAUAAUCUAUUGUGGGUGAUCAAAAGUAUUUUUUCACUUAUGAUAAGAGCAGUCACUACAUCCUUAUCUGGGGUACACAGUGCCUUAUCUGAAACAAUGAAGAACAUUCAAAAUGCUUUAUAUUAUCUCAGCUCUAAAUUUCCUGGGGGGAAACUGUCUAUGAUUAGUUUAGUAUCAAUUGGGAUGAUUACAUACUCUGUUAGAUUCCUGUUUGGGCUGAAUGUUGGAGUUGUAUGCUUUGACAUCCUGGAGAAAGCAAUUCAGAAUUUUGUUUCUCGGAUUAACAGAAGAAGUAUAAUUUCACAACAAGUAACUGUUGUUGCAGAAGAGGAAAGACCCUCAACAACUCUUGAUAACAAACCAUCUGUCAGUAAUGAUGAACAUGUAAACAGAUUAAGGGAAGAACUGGAACGUGAGCGUGACAAGACCCUUUGUGUGAUUUGUGCAGAACAACCCAAGCAGAUCUUAAUAAUGCCUUGUCGUCACAUGUGCCUUUGUUCAGUAUGCGCCGAUACCCUUUUAACACAUUGGAAUAGGCGUGCAUGCCCACUUUGCAGAUGCAGAAUACGAUCACUAAUAGAGGUGUAUUCAUAAGAAAUAUAUUUAUUUAAAUUAGCAUAGUGUUAGUAUUAGAUUAUUAUUUUUUUUAUUAAAGUCCAUAUAACCUUU